ACUGAGACGUCGCGGAUCGACCAAAAAUGUCAGAGUCUACAGACAAUCAAGUCGAACAGUGCGACAUAGUCCUUCCAAAACAAGGUCUAUUAUAUCAGGAGGACACGUUGGAUUAUAUACUCUGUAAACCGAAAUUGAUUCCGUUAAAAUCGGUCACUUUAGAGAAACUUGAGAAAAUGCAAAGAGAUGCAGAAAUCAAAGUCAGAGAAGCACAAGAAGCAGAAACCAGUCCCAAUAUAAAUGCAUAAGUAUACCAGUGAUAGUUCAAAAACUUGUAGGAUUCAUUAGAUAUCACUGUUGCGUGAGAUAAAAGACAAGAUGGUACUCGGUGCAUUUCUGACGGAGAUCAUAGUGGCGUUUUUGCUGGCCGCAACUUUGCUUUUUAAAUACGGAAACGUGUUUCGCCAUCACAUUAUAGUCACU